CAAUCGUUCGGCAAAAUAUGAUUUGGAACAAGUCACAGGCCACCAGUACCCAUCAUCACAGCGAAAAUGUGUCGUCGACUGAUACUGUUGAUGUGAUGCGCUCGGUACCGGAACCGGAAGUCGGCGUUGUUUCGUGGCAACAUCAGCAAGCGUCAGCGGAGCUGCGAGAUCGUCUCGUGACGGAAAAGUGCCAGAAGAGUUCCAUCAACGAGUCCUACUACAACCUGGACAAGAUUCUGUCCUGAAUAGUUGGAAGGCUCCGGUGUGUGCAAUAAGACGAAGAUCGUCACGUCAAAAGGAAGAAAAAAAGAAAGUUGUGAAGAAGCAAGCGAGCAAAGCCCGCCACGGUAUCUGUGUUUGUGUGUACAAUAGAAAGUUAUAAGACGAAAUUAUUGCGAGUAGAAGAGUGAUAAAGUAAAACUUGUUGAGAGUAAAAGUUGUUACGUGGGGUAGAAAUAAGGAAAAUCCAAGCGUAUCGUGAAAAAACCUGUUGCAAAGCGAAAGAGCCAGAGUGAGAAGCGUGAAAACCCCCGUGAUUCAAGUGCAAAAGAGGAAGGUCAUAUAUAUUUUUUAUUGUGUUUUAAUUUUGACGUAACCCAAGUGUCUGUGAAGCGAGCGGUACCCCCAGAAACGUCUGAGCACUUAUGAAAAAAUACUUCCUGAACAAGAUGUCCACCGGCAAGCGCUUGGCGAAGCGGUCCAUCAUCGGCACCCGGGUGUGCGCGCCCGGUGCCGAUGGCAUCUGGUACUCCGGGACGAUCCAGGGCGUCAAGACGCCGCCCUCGGCGAACCAGAAGGACAACACCAACUGCAUCAACCUGACGCCGCACACGCGCUACUCGGUGCGGUUCGACAGCAAGCAGGACAUCUCGCGCCGCGGCCUGGCCCGCGAGUUCCGCGAGAGCGAGCUGAUCGGGCCCGGCUUCAAGACCAUCAUGGACGUCCGGCUCAAGCCGGGCCAGAAGGUGUUCCUCACGUACAACGGGCGCGAAAGUGCCGGCGAGGUGGUGCAACACGAUGACCUCAAAGACGAGGUUACCGUUAAGAUCGUACCGGUCGGACAAGAGGUAUGCAAACAAGCCAGCGACCAGCCUCUUCCUACUAACGCCCCGAUCGAACUGACCAAACGCCUCGAGGAAGUCCGGCUGCUCGAGUCGCGCCGAUCGCCGCGGCUCGCCGACCAGGAAAAGGACACCGACUUUGCCCGGCUCGCGGACAUGGCCGGGGACCGCCGGCGACAAUCACACAGCAUCGAUGUGCCAUUCUCACUCACGCAACAAAAUGGAUCUCGUAAACGACGCCCCUCAUACUCACAGGACGAUCGGGAGUAUUACAGUAUUAAUGACGAAGACCCGACGGACGAAUGCAACGCUGCCCUGGUACUUAUGAGUCUGUCCUGCUCGCCCAACUCGUCGGCGCCCGGCUGGGAAACCAUCCUGGGGACCAGCUCCGGCAGCAGCAGCACCUCGUGGAGCACCGGCUCGACGUCGCCACCGCUCAGCGAGGACGGACAUUCCACACCACCGAACAACAGCAGCAACAACACUAGCAAUAGCAACACCAGCAACAACAACAACAAUCUGGGCAAUAACAUUAGUAUCAAAAGUAACGCCAACGGUACCACCAAUGAGAUUGUGAUUCGUGGCCCCCGGACGACCUCGUUCUCCAACUCGGACGAGGGCAUCGGCAUGGACUACAACGAGGAUCUGCCACGGAAGCGACGGGCCAGCCAACCGAUCUACAAAUGCACCUGGAAGGGUUGUGGUGUCAUCUACACGUCCUGUUCUGAGAUUACGGCCCACGUCCGAAACGCACAUCUGGGCCCCCGCAAACCGGAGGAGGACAGCGACGAGGAGGACUUUUUCUUCACCGAGAUCGAGGAUGAGAGUGACAGUGGCAGCGGCCACCAGCACAACUCGUCGAACCAGCAACAACAACAACACCACAACCACCACCAAAACAACCAUCACGGCACCGGAAGUGCGCGCCAUCCGCCGUCGCCACCGACCCUGAGCCACCGUGACAUGGCCCGGCCCCCGCACGAGGAUCCGGAGUACCAGCGGCAGAUCGUUGGCAACUACCGGCAGGGCCUGCUGUCCAUGUCGUCUGCCGCGGCGGCAGCAGCAGUGGCAGCCCAGCAGCAACAGCAGCAGCAACAUCUCGUCCACCAGCAGCAGCAUCCGCAACAACAGCAACACCACCAGCAACAGCAGAUUCAUCAACAGUUGGGUGCGGCCAUCAAACCGCCACUGCCAGGCACCGUCGGGCAGCAGUUUCACCAGAGUUUGAACAACAACAACAACAAUAACAGCAGCAGCAGUGGGUCAGCGGUGGUGUUGGGCAGCAAUGGAAGUGCCGCCAACGGAACCAAUAUCCACACGUCGCCGCUGAUACACCACAACUACACCUGGUCGCAGGUUAGUCCGACCUCCCCCCAGAAGCACGUUCGCUUGUCGCCCCGUCCGUCGGCCUCGUACCCGUACCCGUCGCCCAACUACUCCAACCAAAUAGCUCAGCAGCAGCAGCAACAGCAUCACUACCAGCAGCAGCAGUCGCAACACCUCGGCCAGAUCCAGCUUUCACCAGGGGGAGCGUCCGUGGCCGCCGCCGCCGCCUACCACACCCAGUCUUCGUCGUCGUCCUCGAUCAUUUCGUCCUCGUCGUCCUCGUCUUCGCAAUCGCUCAACGGUGGCUUCGUGGCGCCCGGCACGAGUCCCGGCGCCGCAGCGGGGGCGAACCGGUCCCCGCUGUCGCCGAACCGGCGAACCCGCGGCGAGAACAAAAAGUGCCGCAAGGUGUACGGCAUGGACCACAAGGAGCAGUGGUGCACCCAGUGCAAGUGGAAGAAGGCCUGCAGCCGGUUCGGGGACUGAUCCAAGUCGCGCAAGGCAUCGUCCCAGGUGCCGCCGCCGCCGACUGCGAUGACCUCCUCUUUGACGCCGCCGACUUUGACGCAUCACCAUCACAGUAGCCACGGCCAUCACCAUGGCAGUCACCACCAGCAGCCUGCUGCGACGGUUCUGCGUGCCGGGAUGGUUUAAGGUUGGCAUGCUUGGAUCGGGCGAAUGAGUGAGUGCGUGCGUGAGCGCAUGUGUAAAUAAGUUUAACGUGAUAUAUUUUAGCGGGAAAGAGACUCACUCUUUUUUCUGUUAGACAGAGGAAAACCUUGACACACGACGACGAAGAAAAAUAACAAAAAAGUAAGAAAAACGUGAAAAACAAUUCGUAAAGAGAUAGUUUGUAGGAUCUAUUGAGUGUAAUAAUGUUAGUAAUUUAUAUUCUUGGCGAAGCGGCCGCGCAUGUGUGACGACAGUCGAUACCAAUUGUACAGUGACAAAAAAAGUAAACACACAAACUAACCGAAAGGAGAAAAGGAUAAAGAAAGAGCAGCAUUCGUGUGAGUUGGAAAGGAGCAUAUUUUUAUAUUACCACACACCCAAAACUAAAACACACACUCACACUCAUACGAAACAAUCACUCAGCGCGAAACAAUAGUGUUAAAAGUUCUAUAUUUACCAACUGCUACCGCCGCCACCGCAUUUUUUGCACCUCUUGUUAAACAAAACACACGCAACAAAGAAGAAAAAAAUCUGUGUCUUUUUUCGUUGUCUUUUAACCUCACAGAAUGUAAUGAAAACAUGUUUAGGCUUCAAGUUGACCAAAAUGUGAUUUAAAAAACCUGUUACAAACAAAUCCAUUGCUAACGUACUACUAAUCUGUAAAUUUACAGAGCAAAAAAAAACAAACAAACAAACAAAUCCACUUUCAUUGUUGUUGUUUCAACCGCCUACAAGUAAAUACACACUACUCUUUUUUGUUGAUUUUUAAGAACCGCGCCUAACCACGUGCUAAGCUAAAUGUUGUACUCUUUAUAUUAGUCGUUUUAAAAAAGAUCCUCUCCCCCCCUCUAACACCACCCACCCCUCAUCAUCAUUUCCGGUAAAUGAUGAAGAAAUUCUGAACGGAAAUAUCACGAUCAAGGUUGUUAUUCGAUGGAAACAUGUUCAAUUCUUAAUUUCAGUAAAUAUCUAUUUUUUUAAUAAUUCCUUGUCUAAUUUAACUUGUCUUCGGUUUAAAUUAUUUUUUUCAUUAAAAGUUUUGCAGAGAAAAUCUUUUAUAAAAUUAAAAAAUUAAAACACCGCAUUGAAAAUAUAAAAAAAAAUUCAAGAAAUAUUUUAUUUUAUGAAAAAUGUAGUACUCAGUAACGAAAAAAACAAUAAAAUACAAAUCCAUGCAUGAUACAUUUGCUUUUGUUUGGCACUCAUAUUGACAAUUUAAAAAAAUAUUUUUCUGAUAAUUUUAUACUUUGUGAAAACAAUAUUGCACAAUUUUAAUUAAAAAAAAAACAUCGCAAUAGUACUUGAUUUGUGGAAAUUUAAAAAAAUGUAAGAGAAAUCAUAUUUGUGUUUUAUUUAACGGAUUUUUUUUUUAAUUACAAAAAAAAAUAUUUUUUUAUUAGAUUGCAUUUUUAAAUUUUAAUGAAAAAAGGGGCAAAAUUUUCUAUUUUAGUUUGACACUCAAUUUGAAAAAAAAAAUGAAUAUUUUCAAUACAUUCUGUAUCCUGUCAAAAAUCCAGCAAUUUGUAAAAACAUGAUUUUGUAAAAAUCCAUGGAAAAAUGGCUAUGUUUGACUUGAAAAUUGCAUUGUUUUAUUAGAGUAACUUUAUAGAAAACACACACACAAUAUUUUGUGAGAAUUUUCGGAAUCUUUAAUAACACGAAUGAUUUUCAGACAAUAAAUAAGCAAAAAUCUUGCUUUUAAAACAAAUUUUGCGAUCUUAAAAAUGAUUUUUUACUGAAUUUUACUGAAUUUACCAAACAUUACCAAUUUUAUGAAAAUCCAAAGAAAAACAAUAAUACAUUCAAGACAAUUUGGGAAUGUUGAACAAUUUUAUUGAAUUAUAGGAAAUCGAAAAACUGAUAUAUUUUUACCAAAUUUUAGUACCAAGCACAGAAAUAAAUAAAAUUUAAUUUCUGGCAAAGCUUGAUGAAGAUUUGUGGGAAAUUGUUCUUUUUGGCUAGUAACAAGAUUACAAAUUUUAUAAAUUUUCGUAUUUUUUAAAUUACAAAAAAUCCAGACAUUUGCGUAAUUUCAAAAUCGCAUAAAAUCAAAAAAAAAAGUAUUUUCAUAAUUACAGAAAAAAUCCAGAAAUUUGUUAAAAAUAUUAAUUUAAUGAAAAUAAUCUCAAAUUUACAUACAAAAAAUGUUUUCAAUUUCCAAAAUUUGAGUACAUGAAUUUUAAAUAAAGACCAAUAAAAUUGUCUUUUUAUAACAAUAACUUGAGAAUUUGCAAAAAGUUACAGCACUGUGCGAAAAUUUCAGUGUUUUCAAAGAAAAUUUUGGUUUUUUAACAAGGAAAAUUUAAAAAAACGCUAUAUUUUUUGUAAAUAUGAGUACUUUUAAAUACCACGGAUAAUUAUUCUUUGUUUGUUACUUCAAAGCGCAAAAUAAAAAAUAAAUUAUGUUUCAAAUUUGGAAUUUAUUUAAAAAUUACAUGCUAUUAUUUUCAAAUCAAAGAUUUUUUUUUUAAACUUUAUAAUUUAAAAAAAUAUUUUGAUAUUGUUAUCAACAAAUAUUCGUCAACAACCUUGAUCGCAAAACAAAUCCCUCAUUAACGUACACGCUUAUUUAAAGUAGCCCAAAAAUUUAAUCAGUUCACUCAAAUUUCAUCAAAAAUUGACAUACCUUAAAUUGGUUUUCAGAGAAUCGUAAUUUUUCACCAAAUUUUGGCAAGGAAAAUUUCGUUAAAUUAACCCAAUUUUGGGCUCCUUUUCAAUAAGUGUGCACAUUUCGGAAUCGAGUCGAUGGAAAAAAAAAGUUUGAAAACGAACGCAAACAAACAUAAAAAAAAAACAAGUUGGCUUUUGAAUGAUUGUCUAUCUCUUUAUCGAAUUAAAAAAUGAUAAGAAUGAAGAAAAAACUCAAAGUAAUAACAGCAAACAAAAAAAAUCGAAAAAAGUAAAAGAUAAAAACAAAACACAACCGUAAAGUUAAAAAAAUGCAACAAGACUUUUAAAGGCUGAUUUAGUUUUAAAAAUCGAACAAAACCAAAACACGCGCGAAACAAAACAAAAACGGGCGCAAGACAAAAACAAAAACAAUGAACAACACGAGUCAACAAGAGUACACUGACUCCGGACGUCAUAUCAGACCAGCAGAACAGACCGUACGCAAAACGGGUCGCGCUCGCUGCUGAAAGUUUAAAACAUCAAAAUAAGCUAAACACACGAUUUUUCAUCGCCGUCGAAAUUAUUGAUAAGCAGCAGAUUUAAAGGAAAAACAAACCCAUUAUUAACUCUUAAACGUUCUUACACCAUUGAACGUUGGGAAAAACGGGGAAAAAUUUGUGAGUAAAACAAGCGAAUAAAACCACUGCCAAUAACGUUAAAGUGAAGAAAAAUGAGAAAGCACGCGCGUGUGCAAUUUAAAAAAAAAAAACAAAACAAGUAAGUCCCCCCUUCUUAAUAUUAUUAUCGAUACUAUUGUGCAAGGAUAUGUAUGUGUGUAACAACAGAAACAGUAAAUAAUUGACGUGUUUUCCAAAAACAAAACAUAUUAAUCAAGCGAGAAGUUGAAAAGUUUAAGUCCGCUCUCGAAACGCAGUGUGAGCUAGUUGUUCGGAGUACUCUUUUUUAACUCCGACGGGGAAAAUUGCAAGUUAGGGUAUAAUUUACGCGUAAGACCUUUUUCGAAGCCGCGAAAAAAAAAGAAAAAAAAAACAAGAACUAAGGCGUUGUUCGAAGCGAGAAAGAAGCAACAACAGGUGUAACAUUGUGAUACCGAAUUCACCCCCUCACUGAUUGUUACGUUUUGUUUACGUCAGAUUUGUGUUUACAGCGAAUUUCCGCGCGCAAGGUGAGCCAACCUAAAGGUGAGCGCGCGGCCGAGCUGUCAAAAACUCCUUUUUCGAUGGGUGAAAUCACGUGCUUCCGCGUGAGGGCGCUUCCUCCUCUGUGAUACAAAGGGAGGUGUGGUGGCGACGAAACGCGUCACAAUCACUUUUGUUUUGUUAUUGUUGUUAUUAUCAUUCCCGCGCGCGCGCGCGUUACGCAAAAUAAAAGAAAACAAAGCGUUAUUUGCCAAAUUCUAGUCGCGCGUGACAAAACUGCUGAAAUUUUAACUCCCUCCCUCUUUCAACGGACAACGGUCCGAUGCUGCCUCUUUGAUCCUCCCCGCUAGAAAGAGCAGGAAGCGCACUGUGAUAUUUUGUUUAUUUAUUUAAUUGUUUACCUUCCGGGUGGAUACUUUGGGCGGCACCGUUUGACGCUUGGUCGAAAGCGUGCAGCGCUGAGUUUGACAGGUACACACCUCAGCUGUUGUUUACAUUGAUUCGAGCAGGAUCAAGGCGAUUCGCGUUGAAGGUGUGCAGCUGUCAAAUGUCAGCUGUCUGUUGUCGAACUCGAUUUUCUUUUCGAUACAAACACCUUGGUUCGUGUGAAGACUCUCGUGCAAGACGAUAAUUGUAGGAGAACUAUGAAAACAAUCCAACUGUAAGGAACAAACCUACGUAAAUAUGAGUACAUAUUAAAGAAAAAGGUAACCAUUUUAACCAUUCAAUGAUCUCUCCAAACCAACCAAGUAGCAGUUGUAAUCGUCGUGUAAUAUUUUGUUUACUAAAUCCCCAACCCUGCUACGUUUAAACCGCGCGAUGUAAUUUAGGGCCUUUACGAUUUCAAACGGAACACGAAACACCCUUCUCGGUUUGCCCUUUCUGGUUUGCGAAACAAAAAUUAAGUAUCAAGUAAUUAGGCAAUAACAACUCAAUCAUAAUCAAAACAAAGCAAACAAAAAAACUACGGAACUCAAACCAAAAUUGGCAAUUUGACUGACUGAGAGCUCUGUACCCGAGUUGAAAUGUUCGCAAAUAUGAGAAAGAGAAACAACACCAAACAACAACAAACAAAAAAACAUCUGCAAAAUCAAAAGCAAUCGAAUGGUUGAACAAAAAACCACGUGCGUUCAGCAAGUCCCUCAGAGCAACACACAACAAUCGUGACAAUCGUGACCAAAAAGCAACACAACCGCACAGUAAACAACAACAAAAACAACUCAAAAUUCGAUAGUUUUUGCUGGCCGGAUUUAAGUGUUUUUUUCUUUUGGAUUUGUUUCCUCUUCGAAUGGAGCAGAAAACCGGACUGAAAAUUACUCGCUGUUGACCGCGUUUUGAAGCGUUGCUUACCUUUAGCAUCAUGUUUGCCUUGAUGCUACGCAUCAAUGCGCGCAACGGUGAAGGUGAGCAUCUGUCACCUCGAUACUACACGCUAAAAGCGGUCAACAGAUUUACAUUUCCGAACACUGUUUAAAAACUUGCAAUGAAGAAUAACAUCAAAACAACAACAACGUACACACUCACACACAUACGAGAGAUAAUGAGAAAAAAAAAACAUAAAUAAAAUGAAAGACUAAUUUUUGCCUAUUUAUAUGUACAAAGUAAUUCAACUUGUAUUUGGGUAAACAUCGUGGGUACAUCGUAAUACUGCUGCAAGUUUUUUGCAAAACCUAGGAAUCACACUGAACCUCUCUCACGAAAAAAAAAGAACACACAAAUACAUACACCGUUGAAUGGUGAAGGAAAAAAACCCAAAUAACUAAAAUGGCGUCAGAAAAAAUAUGAUCGUAAAUUCAAAAUAGGUGUUUUUGCAAAAGGAAAACGCGCGCAAAAAAAACUCACUGAUAACCGAAGCCAACUACAAGCUCUUCUUCUUCUUGUUACGCUUUUGAAGGUAAAAUAUGCAGCAAUUAUGAGCUGCUAAUCAAGAAAAAACAUAAUAGAAAAGAUAAAUCAAAAUGGAUACCGUUCGAUACCAUCCCAAUCCACACACACACACUAACGCAGAGCGCUACUACCACCACACGUCAAACUCCCCAAAUAAAUUCACACCAACACAACCAUUUCAACCCGCGCAAUGAUAUCAACUGAGUAGGCGACGCGCAGCGAGAGAGCGCGACGCUCACCUACUGUCACUCUCACGAGCAAGCGGCUAUUGUUCUCUCGCGCGUUGGCACUGCUCCCAAUCGAAGCCAGUAAAAUAAGUUAGUUCCAAACGUGGGUUUUGGGAAAAGGCGAAAUUUGCGUUUUUUUAUGAUCAAUUUUCAAAACAAAAAAAAAAUUCAGAGUAAGCAAUUUUACUAGGAGAGGCACGCGAGCGCGUGUGUGUGCGUAACAACCCAGAUUAUCCCACAAGCCGUUUUCCGUUUAGCUCGUUGAGCGAGGAGAGUGGGAGAGCGAAAUGAAAUUAUUCUAGGACUUGAAUGUUUUUAUUGUGAGACGAUGGAGAGAAGAACAAGAGAGGCGAAAUAUACACAAAAGCAAAAGAGAGUUAGGAGAUAGAGAAUAGAGAGUGCGUUGUUUGUUUUUUUCUUGUGUUUGAGUAUAUAAAUCUUUAAAUGAGAGUGAGAGAGCGAGAGAGGAAAUAUCGUGAUUGAGGGAAGAAUGAGUCAGGGUUUUGAAAGUUUCGCGAUGAUUUCGCCGUUUGUUGAGAGAGAAUUGUUUUGAGUAGAGAGAAAAGUGUUUUUUCGGAAGCUAGAAACGUAAGGCCAGAGAAGAGUAAUUUCAGUAUUUUGUUUUGGUUACCGACCCAAAAAUUUUCAUUUUUUCAAUUUUUUGUUUGUUCCAAUUGACAUGAAGUAAAAAAUAUCCCCCCUUAAGUAAGAUGAUUCACAAACAAGAAGUAAAAAUUUCUUAUAAAUAUUAACAGUAAAGUCACUACAAUGUCUUUCUCAUUAUGAUAAGUUACAAACAAAAUACACACGGAAACGAAAACAAGUGCGAAUUAGAAAGCAUUGUUUCCGUUUUCAGUUGUGAACAAAGCAAAUCACGCGCCAAGAUUGUGUACUAUUUUACCUUAUUUAUGGGCCAUUUAUACCUAAGAUUAUGUAUCGUUUUAAGCAAAUAGAAUUUUUUGUUCGUACUUUUGUUCUAACUUUUGCCUUGAGAAGAGAAAGGAUGGUUAAAUUUCAGCAAUUAUUCACGUGUUUGAUUUUUUUUAUUUUGUAAGUUUAACCAACAUAUUAAGAGGUAAGGACAGGAAAUGAAGAGAAAACGUAAUGGAUAAAGUUGAGCAGAGAAAAUCUACCAUUUAUAUAUACUAUUUGUCUCUAGGGAAUAAUUAUUUUACACACAUAGACACACAAUCUUAGAUUAUAUUCAUAUACAUUUAUUUCUUUUUUGUUAACAUAAUUUUUAUUUAUUUAUUUUUAGACCAUCAGAGAAAAACUAGCAUAAUUUUACACCCCCUUUUCCACACAAAAAAACACACAUCAGAAACAAACAAAACAAAGUAACAUAAAAAAAAUACACCACAAAUGCGCUAAGUAAACAAAAAAAAAACAAACAAAACCAUUCACAUCACAAAGAUGGCAAAUGUACAUAGAAAAAAUAUAAAUAUCAACACACAAGCAAACAUCAGAAAAAAAAUCAGUUAAAAAUGAAAAACAAAGCCCAAAAAACAAUAGACAAAGCAAACACACACAACAACAAACCCGACAAAAAUCUUUGUUCUUUACCGAUCUAUCAAAAGACGACGCACCCGGGGCAGGUCCCCAAAAGGCAAAGAACUAAGCAAGCGAUGACACACACACACAAAAACACGCAAUGACCAUUAGAUUUCACCUGUUUGACAGUUAUUUCAAAACAAAAACAAACCAACGGCACACUGCGCCGCAGCGACCAAUCCCGAACGCAAAAUUUAGGACAAUUGAACCAUUCGGCCUCCCCACCCCUGUGGAAACUGCCAUGGCGGCCUGGCAACACUGCCGGCUGUCACGUGCGGAUUGGUCGCUCUGGCAAUGGCGCCGUCGUGGUUGCCACCUCCGGAUCAAAGUAGGCUGGGGCGGAGAACCACUCAAAAGGUGUUCUAAAUCUAAUCGCUUUUGACACGAAAUCGAAGCAAACCACACACAAACACUCAAACAAACACAAACACAGACGCAGCAGAUUGUAAAAAAAAACAGAAACAAGAGUAAUUUUUACAGAUUACAGAUUACAUAUAAAUAGUGUACAAGACGGAAGCAAAGGUUAAUCAAACGAGAAGGAAGAUAUUUUUUGUUUUCUCUUAUAGCUUUUAGUUGUAGCGUUUAGUUGAUUCCCCCCCUCCAAUUUUUCCCACCUUCUAAAUUUCGGUUUCGAUGUAAAUAUCACUUUUUAUUUGCUGGUCUGGUUAAUUGUCUUGUCCCUUUUUUUUGAUCGCAUAUAUUUUCGCGAGGCAAACUUUUACUUUUGAAGAAAAAAAUAACACGCCACUCAAACGUACGAAGGGAGAGUAAAAAGAAAAGCAUAUUAAUUUGUAAGAAUGUGUAAAAAAAAAAGCCCACAAAGAAAACCAUAACUCGAAGAAAUUUAAACGGGAUUACAAGAACCACAAAAUAUAAAGAAAAAUCCACACAACCCCCCAAAAAAACACAAACAAAAACACAGACACACGUGAAAAACAGAUGAAGCAAGAUGGAUCAUGAGAUGGAUAUGGAGAAGAGAGAAAAAAUAGAAAGAAGAAGAUUACACACAAAAAAGUUGAUGGCGAAUGCAUACAUGUGGAUGAUGAUUGCGUUUGAAAUCGAUUAUGGAAAAUACAGUUUUUUUUUUAGUUUUAAGUAAUACAAUAUUAUACAUAUUAUAAAUAUAUACACGGUAUUAGAUAAAGCACAU